AUGGCAACGGACAUCAAGAAAACUCCAAGCGGUGUGCUGGAGGGACCUGCAUUCCAGGAGGAGAGCUCUUUGAGCGCACAGAGAUCCAUGUCGGACGACGAGGCUGCAUGCUUGGGCAUCCGAAACUUGGUUUACGAUAUGACGAUGCAGCAUGGCCUGGGCCACGGCGGAUCUGCUGUCGGCAUGGCAGCCAUCGGGGUGGCACUCUGGAAAUAUGUAAUGCGAUUCAACCCCGAAGAUCCCACCUGGUUUGAUCGUGAUCGCUUUGUUCUGUCCAACGGACAUGCAAGCAUGUUUUUGUACGUUAUGAAUUACCUGGUCGGGUACAAGGCCUGGACCAUGGAGCAAUUGAAAGGAUAUGGAGCAGACAAGCAAGGAAGCUAUACCACGCUUGCGCACGCACACCCAGAGAUCGGGUGCCCUGCCGUCGAGGUAACAACAGGGCCUUUGGGCCAGGGAGUUGCCAAUGCAGUUGGCCUGGCUGUGGCCUCGAAACACUUGGCAGCAAAUUUCAACAAGCCGGGAUUCCCCCUCAUUCAAUCGCACAUUUACUGUAUGACAGGGGAUGGGUGUCUUAUGGAGGGUGUCGCCAUGGAAGCCAUCUCGCUUGCUGGGAACUUGCAGCUGGACAAUCUAACGCUCAUCUACGACAACAACCAAGUGACUUGCGAUGGGCCAUUAUCUUGGAUCAACCAGGAGGAUACCAACAUGAAAAUGCAGGCCUGCGGCUGGCAUGUGGCUGACGUCUACGACGGAACACAUAAUGUCCAGGCAAUUGUGGCGGCUUUAAGAGAGCAACACCCCGGGAAACCGAGCUUUAUCAACAUUCGGACGACGAUUGGUGCAGGGACACGGGUGGCGGGUACGGCAAAAGCUCACCACGGAACCUUUGAUGUGGAGAGUGUCGCCAGAUCGAAAUCCAUGGCUGGCUUGAAUCCUGGAGCAACCCAUGAGGUUCCAGACAAAGUAUUGGCUUUCUUCAGAGACACCAAAACCUCGGGUGGAAAGCUGCAAGAACAGUGGAGUGAGAUGCUUGGUCAGUAUCAGUCAAAGUAUGCUGUUGAUGCCGAAAGGUUGCUUGCGCGGGUCAAUGGGUGGUUUGGCCACUGGGCUUCCGCACUCGACAGCCUUGACAGCAGUCGUUUCUGCAGGCUUGCCACUCGGGAAUCCAACGGCCUUAUCCUAGAGAUGCUGUGGAAGCUAAAUCCAGCAAUGUGUGGCGGUGGCGCGGAUCUAGUGAAUUCGAACAAGUUUCGAUAUUCUGAAGAUGACUGGUUUCACCCGGCAAAGUCAUUUGCAGGCCGGUAUAUACGUCAUGGCAUUCGAGAGCACGCAAUGGCUGCUAUAGCCAACGGGCUUGCGGCUUACCAUCCAGGGACAUUUCUCCCUGUGACUGCCACCUUCUCCAUGUUUUAUCUCUACGCUGCCCCUGCAGUGCGUAUUGGCGCGCUCAGCAAGUUGCAUGUCCUUCACAUUGCAACCCACGAUUCUUUCCAAGAGGGCCAAAACGGCCCAACUCAUCAGCCGGUUGAGCUCGACUCUCUUUUCCGGGCAAUGCCAAAUUUGAUCCACAUUCGGCCUUGCAAUGCUGAAGAGGUAAUCGGGGCAUACCAGUACGCUCUUCGCGCAAGGGCUGGCCCCGUAAUGAUCUCUGUUGCACGCGACCCCGUGGCCCCAGUGCCCUCGACUCGUCGAGGAGGCGUGUCAUACGGAGCGUACGUUCUCACCGAAAAUACAAACGCCCAUAUCACACUGGUCUCGUGUGGCUCAGAACUGCACUACGUUGUUGCCGCCGCCGAAUCUCUGAAACUGAAAGGUAUUGAGUCUCGCGUCGUAUCUGCACCGUCACUCGACCUUUUCGACCAACAAACAGACGUGUAUCGGUCAUCGGUACUUCCGCUGGAUGGUUCACCGAUUGUCAGUGCCGAAGAAUAUGUGCCGCUUGUUUGGGCUCGAUAUGUCACUGCAAGCAUUGGCAUGAAAGGAUACGGAUACUCCGCCUCAAAUGAGAGUAACUAUGAGCGAUUUGGUCUCAAUGAAAGUGCCAUCACCGCCAAAGUGAUACAGUAUUUGGGGGAUUUGGAUGGUCGAGAUGCACGAAGAGCUGGUUGGAGACAGCUCUAA